GAACAGAAAUAUUCUUUUUCUUUGUCCAUGAAUGUAUCAGCAGCAAAGUGACAGGCAAAUGGAAGCAUGUAGACUCACACACAGAUGAAAAUGUAUAACAAAACGAAAUGAGACUGUACAGUAAAGGCAAAUUUACAACAUUUAAAAUUUACUGUACAGUUGAAUAAAUAGCAUAUUUAAAUUCACAGAAAUGUGCAAUUGAGUAAGAUAAUUCAAAAAAGUGGAUAAAAAUCAAUAUAUGGAUGUAAAUCAAUAGAGUGCUGAUUUUUACAGAAUAUACAUAAAGUGCCAUCUGAAAGUGUUUACACCCCAUAACGUUUCUCAAAUACAGAUUUGAAUAUCGUUUUCAUUUUUGAAACUUAACACACAAAAUAAUGCACGACGGCAAAGGCAAACAUAUUUCAGAUAUUUUUAUAAAUUUGCAAAAAAACAAAAACAAACAUAAAAAUAUACCCUUUUCUAAAGUACUUAAAAUUGAGCUCAGGUGCAUCUUAUUUCCACUGAUCUUUCAGAUCCUCCUGAGGUACCUGAGGUAAGUUGAGCUGACUGAGCGUGAGUUAGAAUUAAAUCCACUUGUUGCUUUAAUUUUGCAGAAACAUCUACAAUAGAUUGUUAGACAGAUAUACAAAAGUCUCUUGUCUGAUAAAGGCGAGGGAGGUCUUUUUUGGCCUAUAUUCAAAGCUUUAUGUCUUGAGAAAAAACAGCCACUGCUCAGGACCUGACUAACACCAUCACCGUAAAGUAUGGUGGUGGCAGCAUGACGCUGUGGGUAUGGACCUCUACCCCUUGCGACUUGUCAUUAAAGUGACAGAGGACAAAUACAGAGACAUUUCUCAAGAAAAACUAUGACAGCUUGUAUCUUCAUCUGCAUAGAAAAUGGUAGAAAAUUUCCCCAAACCAUGUAAGGCUUGUAGAGACAUACGAAGACCUUAGGUUGCGUCUGCUGCAAAUGCUUUAGUCCCUGUCCACAUGGAAACAUUUUUAAAAAAUGGAAAUGUUUUCUGCCACAUCUCCAUAUUGAAACAGUGAUUUAGGAGGCCCUAAUUUUUAAAUCAUGUUCCAGGUGAAUUAUGUUCACUUUUGCAUAUUCUUGUGAACAGCAAAAACGUCUCUUUUGUUAAAACUCUAACAUCAUAGCCUCACCAAAAGCUUAACUUGGCUUGGAUUAAAGUCCUUUUGUAUGCUUCCUGGUCCAUGUUAUUCCAAACUUAUCUCAUAAAUGCGAUUUACAGAACAGCUACAGUGCUAAGAUGUGAUGCAAGAAAGUGCUCUCUCUUUAAACAAUGUUCACACUCAGUCACUACUUUGUUGCAGUUUACAUUUUACAGUGAGCAAAUCAUCAGAAGUAAGCUUGCUAAAUAGUGUGCAACCAUUUUCCACAGGAGACAUUAGAAAAGCAUCUAGGAUCUUUGAAGAAGCAAAGGAAUGCUGUGAAACACAGACUGAAGAAACUGGCAGCCCGUCAGUCAGAAAUCACUAAAAAGUCUGCAGCGAUAAGAGAGAAUGUAGCGAUGAAAUAUCAGGAGAUCCAGACGGUUCUGGAGGAGGACCUGCGGCUCACCUUGUCCCACCUGGAGAUGGAGGAGAGGGCUGCCGUCUCUGCCUUGGAUGGACUGAUGGAGAGAAACUGUGCUCUGAUCCAGGGAAUAGAGCAGGACUUGGCCAGACUUUCUUUAGUUUUGGAGCACUGUGACACAGAACCUGAUUCUAUGUCGUUCGUUUUACAUGCUGAACUGGACGACACAGAGACAGCAGAUAGAGUGUUGGAUGUCCUCAACCAAUCAGAUCCCAGCAGUGUGAGCCUUGAUGAAGCUAAAGCUAACCAGAUCCUCAGCCUCACCAACAGCAUGUUGCUCCUUGUCUGCUCGCAGAUCCCGUUAAUGAAGAAGCUCCUGAAAAGCUAUUCCAGUGAGGUGCACCUGGACCCAGAGACGGCCCACCCAAAGUUGGUCAUCUCCCCUAAAUGUGACAGCGUCUCCUACACAGACGCCUGGCAGAAACUCCCUGACCAACCAGGACGGUUCGACACCACCCUCAACGUCAUCAGUCUGCAGGGCUUCAGCUUUGGCCGCCAUUACUGGGAAAUUGAUGUGACUGGGAAGACGUAUUGGGAGCUUGGUGUUACCUUCCCCUCCAUUCCUCGCAAAGGCGUAUCUGAGGAGUGCUGGCUGGGUCGGGGCGCCGUGUCCUGGUGUGUGGAGUUCUUUGAUGGGGAAUACACGGCCUGGCAUGGUGGGGUGCCUCACCAGCUGCCUUUUACAAAACGCUUCUGUCGAAUUGGUGUUAUGUGCAGCUUUCCUGCCGGGCUGGUGAUGUUUCUAGAGGCGGACAAAAUGACGCCACUGUUCUCAUUCUGUGCUGGAACCUUCUCUGAGUGCCUCCACCUGGCCCUGUGUCCUGGUCACAACCACAGCGGCACCAAUUCAAGUCCUAUUGUAAUCUGUAAUGAAUCGUCUCCUACAAGUGACCUGUAGCUGCAUAAGAACAUGAUGUACAAAAAUGCAGGGCUGGCACAAGAUUUUUUAGGGACCCUGAGCAGCACAGGAUUUAGGGUCCCAUUUACAUAGUAGCCCACCGAUCACAACAGCACCAAUCAUGUGUCUUUUAAGCUAUUCAAACGUAACUUAUUUUAUGUUGUGCGUUUGGUUUCAUUGCUACAUUGUAAGACAAAAAUUAAAUAGAUAAUACAUUUCUUGUUUUUGAUUUGA